AUGCCUGAAAAUGAUGGCGAUUCUUACGUCAUUAAAAUGCGGGGGCUACCUUGGUCAACCACUGAUGAAGAAAUACUCAAAUUUUUCAACAACUGCAAAGUGAAAAAUGGUAAAGAAGGGGUUCACAUUAUAAUGACGAGAGAAGGAAGACCGAGUGGUGAGGCAUAUGUAGAAAUGGAAACUGAUCAAGAUAUCGAAGAGGCGUUGAAAAAAGAUAGAGAUUACAUGGGUACUAGAUACAUGGAAGUUUUUAAAUCGAAAAGAAGCGAAAUGGAUUGGGUUAUCAAACGAUCUGGUUCUAAUCUUGAAACUGCUCUCGACGAUGGAUGUGUAAGACUCAGAGGAUUACCAUUUGGUUGUUCUAAAGAGGAAAUAGCUCAAUUUUUCACAGGGUUGGAGAUAGUUCCCAACGGCAUCACGCUUCCCAUGGAUUCGAGGGGGAGAAGCACAGGGGAGGCUUAUGUACAAUUCAAAAACAAAGACAUCGCUGAAAAAGCUCUGCUCAAACAUAAGGAAAAGAUAGCGCACAGGUACAUCGAAAUAUUUCGGAGUAGCCUGGGAGAAAUAUGUCAGGAAAUCGGAGUGAGACGAGGUAUGACGGGAUUCAUGAACAGGCCCGCACCUUACGAUGCCAGAGACAGGUUCGGAGGACCCAACAGGUUUAGAAACAUGGGAGGAGGUGGCGGAGGCGGAGGCGGACCCAACGGAAUGGGUCAUGACGGACCUUGGUCGAACGGUAGAUUCAACAACGAUAAUUUCAGCGGUGGUUUCGGGGGUGGAAUCGGACCCAUGGGUGGAUUCGGUGGUGGUAAUUUCGGCGGAAACGGCGGUUUGUUCGACGGAUUCAACAACAUGAGCGGAGGAGGUGGAAGCGGAUUCAACAACAUGGGUCCCUCGUCUGCUCAUUGCAUUCACAUGAGGGGUCUACCUUUUCGUGCCACUAAACAGGACGUUGCCGAUUUUUUCAGACCGGUCAUUCCUUUAAGCAUUGAUCUAUUAACAGAGGACGAUGGUCGUCCUUCCGGGGAAGCAGACGUCGAAUUUAGAACGCACGACGAUGCCGUACUCGCCAUGAGCAAAAAUAAAAAUCACAUGCAACAUCGUUACAUAGAACUUUUUCUCAAUUCGACUCCGGCCAAGGGCGGAAGCGGCGGUUUUGGUAAUUCGAAUUUCGGUGGAAAUUUUGGAAAUCGUAAUUUUAACUUUAGCAGCGGUGGAAAUAAUUUUAAACGUUUCUAA